UCUUGAUAUUGUAUGCUUGUGUGUAAUCCCUAUCCUCAUAUUUUGACUUUUGUUUGACCCGGAACUGUUCUUCUGCGACUUAUCUCUCUGAUCCUCCGUGAUCAUCUUUCUUACGCAUGCAAAUCUGAACCAACAAUGGCUGUUUUCUCAAGCAUAGGCAAACGAUUCUGCAAUCAAGCUCUAAACGGUUCAAAACCCUCUCGAUUGCAUUUCCAGAGCAUCCGCACACUUCUCCUACAGUCCGCUUCUGAAUCCGUCAAAGUUCAUAGACAUUCCGAUGCAGAUUCCGGAAUUGUUCAAAUUAACAUGGAGAGACCAGAAGCGAAGAAUGCUCUUGGGAAGGAUAUGUUGAGGGGGUUGCUGAAUAGCUUUGAAGCUAUAAGCACGGAUCCGGCUGCAAAUGUGCUGAUGAUAUGCAGCUCGGUCUCGAGAGUGUUUUGUGCAGGUGCUGAUUUGAAGGAAAGACUGACCAUGAAUGUAUCUGAGGUUCGAGCUACUGUAAACUCACUCAGGUCAACGUUUACAUUCUUAGAGGCACUCGAAAUUCCAACUAUUGCAGUUAUAGAAGGAGCAGCGUUGGGUGGGGGACUGGAAAUGGCUUUAUCUUGUGAUCUCCGGAUAUGCGGUGAAGAUGCCAAGCUAGCGUUGCCAGAAACCGGGCUUGCAGUAAUACCAGGGGCAGGAGGGACGCAACGGCUACCUCGGUUGGUCGGAAAAUCAAUAGCAAAAGAACUUAUUUUCACUGGCAGGAAGAUCAGUGCCAGAGAUGCAUUGUCUAUCGGGCUCAUCAACUACUGUACUCCUGCUGGCGAGGCUUAUUCAAAGGCACUUGAAGUUGCGCGCGAUAUUAAUCAAAAGGGUCCUGUAGCGGUCAGGAUGGCGAAACGAGCCAUUAACGAGGGUCUAGAAGUAAACAUGGCCUCUGGAUUAGAUGUGGAGGAAGAAUGCUAUGAACAAACAUUGCACACAAACGAUAGGUUAGAAGGAUUGGAUGCGUUCGCUGAGAAGCGAAAACCGUUGUACAAAGGCAAUUGAAAUGAACAGAAAUUUAACUUCAACUGUAUUCAAGGUUUCACAACAGACAACACUUGUCAUUAAUUCUGCAACUUAUUGGACUGGCCUAUUUACAGUGGAUAUUAACUGUCAAUAACAGAAAGGUGAUGUUUUAUCUAUUUGUCUACCCCAUUAUGUGGUGGUUCUAUAA